GCGCUUUUUCUUCACUUCCACAAAGCUUAGCCACCCCGGAUUCCAACGCUCGACCCCGGGCAGCCUGGGCUGGCGCUCCCUGCCAGCAGCAUGGAGGGUGACGUGAUGGAUAAAGUGGAGACCACAGCGACGACAGUGUGCGACUUGGACCCGAGCAGCGGGAGCAUCCCGGCUACCAAAGUGGAGAUCACAGUCUCCUGCAGAAAUCUCUUGGACAGAGACACGUUCUCCAAAUCGGAUCCCUUGGUGGUGUUGUACACGCAAGGGGUGGAAUGCAAACAGUGGCGAGAGUUUGGGAGAACGGAGGUGAUAGACAACACACUGAACCCAGACUUUGUCAGGAAAUACAUCCUGGACUAUUUCUUCGAAGAGAAGCAGAACCUGCGCUUUGACGUGUUUGAUAUUGAUUCUAGAAGUCCCGAUCUGGCCAAGCAUCCGGCCGACUUUAACGACUUCCUGGGACAGGUCUACUGCACACUGGGGGAGAUUGUGGGCUCUCCCGCGAGUCGCCUGGAGAAGACUCUCAGUGGUAUACCCGGGAAGAAAUGCGGGACCAUUAUAUUGUCUGCUGAGGAGUUGGGCAACUGCAGAGACUACACCACAAUGCAGUUUUGCGCCAACAAGCUGGACAAGAAGGACUUCUUCGGCAAGUCGGACCCUUUCAUGGUCUUCUACAGGAGUAACGAAGAUGGCACGUUCACCAUCUGCCACAAGACCGAGGUAGUGAAGAACACGCUGAACCCUGUGUGGCAGCCCUUCUCCAUCCCCGUGCGGGCGCUCUGCAAUGGAGAUUACGACAGGACAAUCAAAGUGGAAGUAUAUGACUGGGACAGAGAUGGAAGCCACGACUUCAUUGGCGAAUUCACCAGUAGCUACAAAGAGUUAUGUCGGGGUCCGAACGUGAACGUGUAUGAGGUGGUGAACGCCAAGAAGAAGCUCAAGAAAAAGCGAUACAUCAACUCCGGGACGGUGUCCUUGAUGUCAUUCAGCGUGGAGUCGGAGCACACCUUCCUGGAUUACAUUAAAGGAGGGACGCAAAUUCACUUCACAGUGGCCAUCGAUUUCACGGCCUCCAAUGGCAAUCCGUCUCAGUCGACUUCUCUUCACUACAUGAACCCGUACCAGAUGAACGCCUACGCCAUGGCCCUGAAGGCAGUGGGCGAGAUCAUCCAGGACUAUGACAGUGAUAAGAUGUUCCCUGCUUUGGGAUUUGGUGCUAAGCUGCCCCCUGAUGGUAGGGUCUCCCAUGAGUUCCCCCUGAAUGGCAACAUAGAAAACCCCUACUGCAACGGCAUGGAGGGGAUUCUCGAUGCAUACCAUCAAAGCCUUAAGACGGUGCAGCUGUACGGACCCACGAACUUUUCUCCUGUUAUCAAUCAUGUGGCAAGGUACGCAGCGGCGGUGCAGGAUGGCUCGCAAUAUUUUGUGCUGCUCAUAAUCACGGACGGCGUGAUUUCCGACAUGGCUCAAACCAAGGAGGCCAUCGUCAACGCGGCCAAACUACCCAUGUCCAUCAUCAUUGUUGGGGUCGGACAAGCCGAGUUUGACGCUAUGGUGGAGUUGGAUGGAGACGACAUCCGGAUUUCCUCACGUGGAAAAUUGGCUGAGAGGGACAUUGUACAGUUUGUCCCCUUCAGGGACUACAUGGACCGGGCAGGCAACCACGUCCUGAGCAUGGCCCGGCUGGCCAAAGACGUUCUGGCCGAGAUCCCCGACCAGCUCAUCUCUUACAUGAAGAGCAAAGCCAUCAAGCCCAACACCGCCCCACCGCCGCUGUAUCCCAAAACGACGCCGUGUGAAGCCACUCACUCUGCUUCCUUGGAAGGGGAAUGGCCUGCUAAUUAG